UGAUAGUGAAUGACAUAUGCUUGUGUCAAUGUGCUGUACAGAUUCAUAGCGAUUCGAAAAAUAAGAUCUUGUAGAAUUGUUUAAAAAACGAUGGCGUACGACUUAAAAAACGAAGAGGAUGUAAAGGAAUACUUGAAGAACCUUCAUAUAGAGUAUCAAUUCGGUUGUUAUAGCGAGAAAAAACCGGAGGUCUGUCACCUAUUAGGUGAUUAUUACGAAGCAGUAAAGGCAGAGAUGGAGAAGGCCGCUUCGAUAUACAAGACGACCUGCGAUCAAUAUAAUUAUGCUAGAAGCUGCGCGAAAUUCGGUGAUUUUAAAGCAAUUGGUAAAGGUUGCAAACGGGACAUACCGAUGGCAUACAAAUAUAUGUCAAAGGGUUGCGAGCUCAAUGACGAAUAUGGAUGCCUGCAUGCUGGUGUUUUGGGAACAUCUAAGAACGAUGUCGGAGAGAAGGACAGAGUUACGCAGAUCCACACAGGUGUCAAACAGCUGAAGAAGGCCUGUGAGAUGUACAAUUCGGACAAGGCAUGUUUUUAUUUAUCGGGUAUUUACUUGGGUGGUCUUGAGGGCAUCAUUGACAAGAACUAUAAAGAGGCUUACAAGCUAUCAUUGAAGAGCUGUGAGUUCGGUAAUCCAUACGCCUGUGCAAACCUGUCACAGAUGCAUGCGCGAGGAGAAGGCGCACAAAAAAAUCCCGAACUUGCUGCGACUUUCAAGAAGCGUGCCAACGAUCUGUAUCAGGAAUUGAAGCAGGUACAACCAGAAUUGAAAUUUCAUCAAGGUGUAAAUCCAUAACACAUGUUUUUGGUACACAUUAGAUUUAUCAAAAAGUUAGUUUGCUUUUUCCUCAUAUAGUUCUAUAAAACAGAAAAAAAUAUGAAUACUUUCUUUGCUCAAACUAGUCCUUUUAUGUGUUGAACUCAUACUUCACAUACAUUGCAUAAAAAAAGAAAUAAACUGUCUAAUAAGAGCCUUUUAUAAUAGGCUCUUUAUAAUAUCUUAAUAAAUAAUUGUUUAUUACAUUAUUCAUUAUAGCAAGUUAUUAAUUUAUUUAUUUAUAACUUUAUACAACUUUAAAUAUCCAUAGCCCAAAUUGUUAACUUAUGUAUUAUAUUAAAUAUAUCUUAUAAUUGUUUACAAUUGUUUUACUUAAUCAUAUGUAAUUAUAUAUAUUCUUCAAUAUUAGAAAAAUUGUCGAAAAAUUUUUUCUUUUCUUAGAUAAAAACUAAAAUUUAUUUGCCUAACAUAGAGCAAAUUAAAAUGAGAUGUUCAAAUAUCUCUCUCUGUUGUAAGUUUGCAAAAUAUUGUUCAAAUCAAAUUUAUUUUGUUGAAAUGAUGUAAAUACAAUAGAAAAAAAAUAUAUAAUUAUGCAAAAAG